AUGCCGGACGUCUUCUCAGUUCCCGUCUUCUUGAUCGUUUUUCGAGAAAGUUUAGAGACAGUGAUCAUUGUCUCGAUCUUGUUGGCCUUCCUGAAGCAAACUCUAGGUGGACCAGAUCGCGAUGCAAGAGUAUACAAGAAACUUGUAAAACAAGUUUGGAUGGGCAUCGGAUCUGGCUUCCUUAUUUGCUUCAUCGUCGCAGGUGGCUUGAUUGGCGCUUUCUACACUUUGGGAACGAACAGCUGGGAGUCCAGCGAAUACAAUUUUGAGGGCGCAUUUGCACUGGUCGCCGCAGUUAUCAUUACUGUACUAGGAGCUGCCCUGCUCCGCGUAGGCAAGAUGCAAGAAAAGUGGCGCGUUAAGCUGGCGAAGGCCAUCGAGUCACCCGUGAGGACCAGCGGCUCGAGGAGUGGGUGGCUCAAACGCUUUGCUGAAAAGUAUGCAAUGUUCAUUCUUCCAUUCGUCACGGUCCUGCGAGAGGGCAUUGAAGCGAUCGUAUUUGUCGCUGGCGUCACAUUUUCUGCUUCUGCCACAGCCAUACCCCUGGCUGUCGUGGUCGGUCUUGCUGUCGGUAUUAUCGUCGGCUAUAUUCUAUACAAGGGAGGUGCUUCAACAAAGCUUCAAUACUUCUUGGUAGCCUCUACAUGUCUAUUGUAUCUUGUUGCUGCCGGCCUUUUCUCUCGUGCUGUAUGGUAUCUCGAAACUCAGCAAUGGAACAAGACCGUUGGUGGUGAUGCUUCAGAACUUGGCGAUGGGCCAGGAUCGUAUGAUAUUGACAAGAGUGUCUGGCAUGUGAAUUGUUGCAACCCGGAAGCCAACGAUGGUAGUGGUUGGGGAAUAUUCAAUGCCAUCUUAGGCUGGACAAACUCAGCCACGUAUGGCUCCGUGAUCUCGUAUAAUGUGUAUUGGAUUUUCGUCAUGAUGGGAUUUUUCGUAAUGCGUUAUCAAGAGGUCAACGGCCAUUGGCCACUCAUGAGAGCGAGAAAGAGUUCGGACAACGCGGAAACCUCAGAAGACAACCAUGGAGGCACCUCGGAUGGAAGCACCCAAGGUAAGACUCGGACGACGGAGGCAACGGCAGCGGCUUGA